GCAUUGAAUGCUGUUAUGACUCGCGAUUUGCGAUUAGAUUCUGUUACUGAGGCCUAACUCUAUGGCUUAUAUCACGGAGUCUGCGAUUACAGUGUAGAAGCACUUGAGAGCCAAUUAUAUAUAGCUAUACCUCUACCUCUCAAUCAGCUUCACAUUUAAGUCCAAUUCCUACUGUCAGUCGUGAACACCAUUCAAAUCAUUCACAACAACAUUGAAUUGAAUUGAAAGUCACUUCAAAAACAAAUCUCUCUUCACAUCGAAAAUGUCUGUCAAAACGGAUGCCGACCGCAGGAAACAGAUAUCUGUGCGCGGAAUCGCCGACGUUGGGAAUGUGACUGAAAUGAAGAAGUCUUUCAACCGUCACCUCCACUACAGUCUCGUAAAGGACAGGAAUGUGUCGACGGCUCGCGACUACUACUACGCUCUCGCCCUCACAGUCCGCGACCAUCUCGUCUCCCGUUGGAUCAGAACUCAGCAAAACUACUACGAAAAGGACCCAAAACGCGUUUACUACCUGUCCCUGGAAUGGUAUGUCGGAAGACAGCUGACAAAUACCAUGAUUAACAUCGACGUACAGACAGCUUGUGAUGAAGCACUGUAUCAGUUGGGACUCGACAUCGAAGAGUUGGAAGAGUUAGAAGAAGACGCGGGACUCGGAAAUGGAGGUUUAGGUCGUUUGGCCGCCUGUUUCCUCGACUCGAUGGCCACUCUGGGAAUCGCUGGCUAUGGAUAUGGUCUUCGCUAUGAAUACGGAAUAUUCACUCAGAAGAUAGAGAACUGCGAACAAGUGGAACAACCGGACGAUUGGUUGCGCUUUGGUAACCCCUGGGAAAAGGCCAGACCUGAAUACCUGAUUCCCGUCAACUUAUACGGUAGAGUUGAGAAGACAGACACCGGCUCCAAAUGGGUGGACGCCCUCACUAUCUAUGCAAUGCCUUACGACAGUCCAGUUCCCGGUUUCCGCAAUAAUGUGGUCAAUACGAUGCGAUUAUGGACCGCAAAGUCUCCGACGAGUUUUAAUUUGAAAUUCUUUAAUAACGGCGACUAUAUUCAGGCCGUUCUCGACAGGAAUGCCGCUGAAAAUAUUACUCGAGUUCUGUAUCCAAACGAUAAUGUAUUUGAAGGCAAAGAGUUACGUCUAAAACAAGAGUACUUCUUAUGCGCGGCUACUCUUCAAGACAUUAUCAGGCGUUACAAGUCAUCGAAAUUUGGUUCCCGAGAACACGUCAGGAAUUCUUACGACGCUUUCCCUGAAAAGGUUGCCAUACAAUUGAAUGACACCCACCCGGCUCUGGCUAUACCUGAGCUCAUGAGGAUUCUGAUGGACACCGAAGGUGUCACUUGGGACAAGGCGUGGGAAAUCACUAUAAAGACAUUUGCUUACACUAACCAUACGGUGCUUCCCGAAGCGAACGAGCGCUGGCCCUGCAGUCUACUUGAAUAUGUACUGCCAAGACAUAUGCAAAUCAUUUAUGAGAUCAAUCAAAGACAUUUGGAUGCAAUCAGUAAAUUAUAUCCCAAUAAUAUGGAUAAACUGAAGGCUUUAUCUCUGAUCGAAGAGGAGCCCGAAAAGAAGGUGAAUAUGGCACACCUGGCCAUUGUGGGCUCGCACUCCAUCAACGGUGUCGCAGCCAUCCAUUCAGAUAUUAUAAAGAGGGAGACAUUCAAAGACUUCUACGAACUCUCGCCCGAAAAGUUUCAAAACAAGACGAAUGGAGUGACGCCCCGGCGCUGGCUGUAUAUGUGUAAUCCUAAUCUGUCGGAUCUAAUCAGUAGUAAAAUUGGAGAGGAAUGGAUGGUUCAUUUGGAUCAGCUCCAGAAGUUGAAGCCAUUGGUGAAUGACCCCACGUUCGUGAGGGCCGUUCAGACU